GGGGGCUGCAAGAGAGGAGGCUCCCCCGCGCUCCCCCAGUGGCUGCUCGCGCUGCACCGAGCCCUCAGCCGCUCCGGGUGGGCAGAGCCCGGGCGCAGGUUGAUGUCUCAUCGGUCGAUUAGGCAGCCCUGCCUGGCGCGCCUCUGCAAACUUUCCGCCUCUCCCGGCUCCCCUUUCUGCAAAGCCGGCGGCGCGCUGAGCUCCCGGGCCAUGCACUAGCCGCAGCCCAUUCAUUCCUCCGCCCGGCCCGGUUUUCCGGCUUUGCGAGUUGAAUCCGAGGUUUAGCACCCGUGCAAAUGGCGAGGGAGAGGAGCCGAGGCGCGCCGGCGGUGCCUUUGGUGGCCGCGCUGCUGCUGCUGCUGCUGCUGCUGCUGCUGCGGGGGGCGGCGGCCCAGCCGGUCUCUUUCCACGCCGACGGGAACGGCCACAGCUUGCACCCGCCGUACUUCAACCUGGCCGAGGGCACCCGGAUUUCGGCCACCGCCACCUGCGGCGAGGAGGACGCCGGCGCCAAGAGCCCCAGGCCCGUGGAGGAUCUGUAUUGCAAGCUCGUGGGCGGGCCCGUGGCGGGCGGCGACCCCAACCAGACCAUCCAGGGGCAGUACUGCGACAUCUGCUCAUCAGCAAACAGCAACAAAGCACAUCCCAUCACCAAUGCUAUAGACGGCACCGAACGCUGGUGGCAAAGCCCGCCUCUUUCCCGUGGGCUGGAGUUCAAUGAAGUCAACGUCACCUUAGAUCUUGGACAGCUGUUCCACGUGGCUUACGUUCUGAUCAAGUUUGCAAAUUCCCCUCGUCCGGACCUGUGGGUGCUUGAGCGGUCGACUGAUUUUGGACUUACCUAUGAGCCUUGGCAGUACUUCGCUUCUUCCAAGAGAGACUGCAUAGAGAAAUUUGGCCUGAAGACGGUAGAGCGGAUCACCAAAGACAAUGACGUCAUCUGCACCACCGAAUACUCCCGCAUUGUGCCCUUGGAGAAUGGAGAGAUUGUGGUCUCUCUGGUAAAUGGACGUCCAGGAGCCAUGAACUUCUCGUAUUCCCCUUUGCUGAGGAAUUUCACCAAAGCAACCAACAUUCGACUGCGCUUCUUACAGACCAACACCCUCCUUGGGCAUUUGAUGGGAAAGGCCUUGCGGGACCCGACUGUGACUCGGAGGUAUUACUACAGCAUCAAAGAUAUCAGUAUCGGAGGACGGUGCGUCUGCCAUGGCCAUGCUGAUGUCUGCGAUGCCAAAGACCCUACAGACCCUUACAGGCUCCAGUGUGACUGUCAGCACAACACCUGUGGAGGGUCAUGUGAUCACUGCUGUCCAGGUUUCAAUCAGUCGCCGUGGAAACCGGCCACCACCAACAGCGCCAAUGAGUGUGAACCCUGCAACUGCCAUGGCCAUGCCUACGAUUGUUACUAUGACCCAGAGGUUGACCGUCACAAGGCCAGCAGGAAUCGCAACGCCCAGUUUGAAGGAGGAGGGGUUUGCAUUGACUGUCAGCAUCACACAACGGGCAUCAACUGUGAGAGGUGCAUCCCGGGUUACUAUAAAUCCCCAGAUCAUCCGAUAGAUUCACCGUACCUUUGCUAUCGCUGCAAUUGUGACUCAGACUUCACAGACGGCACCUGCGAGGAUUUGACUGGCCGCUGCUACUGUAAGCCAAACUACACAGGGGAGCUUUGUGACUCAUGUGCAGACGGUUACGUGGACUUUCCGCACUGCUAUCCUGUGCCGGUUUUCUCUUUCAAUGACACUGGAGAGCAGGUCCUUCCAGCCGGACAGAUAAUAAACUGUGACUGUAAUGUUGCGGGGACCAGAGGAAAUGCCUGCCGAAAAGAUGCUCAACUUGGCCUGUGCUUGUGCAAGCCUAACUUCCAGGGGACCCAGUGCGACCAGUGUGCCCCUGGGUAUUAUGGACCAAGUUGUCAGUCUUGCCAAUGCUCUGGCCCUGGCAGCUACGAUGGCUCCUGCAACAGUGAGACUGGUCAGUGUCUGUGUCGUGCUGGAUUUGAGGGCUUCUCGUGUGACCAGUGUGCCCCUGGCUACUUCAACUACCCUCUGUGUCAACUUUGUGGCUGCAGUGGUGUUGGGACGUUGCCGGAAGGCUGCGAUGCUUCUGGGAGGUGUUAUUGUAAACCUCAGUAUGAUGGUUUUCAUUGCGACCAGUGCAACUACGGAUAUCAUUCCUAUCCUCACUGCCAAGCUUGUUCCUGUGAUCCCUGGAGCUCUCUGGACGACAGCUGUAGCCCGGUUGGUCAGUGUCGAUGCCGCCCAAAUUACAUAGGCCAUACAUGCAGCCAGUGUGCACCAGGCUUCUAUGGGUAUCCCACCUGUGCAGCUUGCUCCUGUUCCACGGAAGGCUCCGUUCACAGUGCGUGUGAUCAGGAAACUGGGCAGUGUAGCUGCCUUCCCAGAGUAACUGGACUGCGCUGUGAGAUCUGCAUCCCAGGGGCUUAUGGAUUCCCACAGUGUGAAGUGGGCUCUUGUAAUCCUGCAGGGCUUGAAGAUGCAGAUCCUUCCUCCCCAAUGCCGGGCUCAGAGCCCCGCCCCAUAGUCCCUCAGCCGGACACGCUUGCAUCGGCGGAUCGGCUGAUCGCCCGGCUGAAGGAUCGACCAGCUAGAGACGAUUAUAUCCCCGAUCUUCACCACCUGAAAUAUGAACUGGAAGAGGGCACGACGCUGGAGGGGAGGCCCGUUCGCUUUGGAUACAACCCUCUAGAAUUUGAGAACUUCAGCUGGAGGGGAUACACCCAAAUGUCUUCCAUCCAGCCCAAGGUAGUGGUGACCCUCAGUGUGACCUCCCCUGACCUGUUCCACCUCGUCUUCCGCCACGUCAACCGGGGGCCUGCCAAUGUGAAAGGGAGGGUCUCAGUCCUUGAGGAAGCAGCGCAUUGCCGGUGGCAACUAUUGUGGGCCUCCUCAAACAUUGUGCCCUCUGUGAAAUAUGGGAAAUUGGCUAGUAAAGUCAAAGUCACCGUACACGUGCAGGAAGCAGAACUGUAUCUCUUCCAUGUCAUACUGAGAUACGUUAAUUCAGGAAGUGCCACGGCGUAUGGCAAAAUUACAGCUUUUCAGCCGCGGCGAAAAGGUACGGAACAGACCAAGCAGAUUGUGUUUGUGCCCAGCAAAGAGCCGGCGUUUGUCACGGUCCCUCGGAACAGCUUCGGCGAGCCUUUCGUACUGAGCCCCAGCGUGUGGUCACUGGUCAUUGAAGCAGAGGGGGUCCUGCUGGAUUAUCUGGUCUUGCUGCCCAGUUCGUACUACGAGGCUCGCAUUUUGCAGCUGAAAGUCUCGGAACCUUGCACCUACAACCCGUCUCCAGAGCAAGCUGGCCAAAACUGCCUGCUGUAUAAGUACUUGCCUGUGGAGCAGUUUACUUUUGGGUCAGGCGAAGAUGCUGUCUGCAGAUGGGACAACAAUUUACCAAAACCCUGUCCAAAGGAGCAGGUCGCUCCUUCGUACCCUGAAAUGAUCCUAUGCAGUGGCAGCGAUGUGGAAGUUCAGCUACGGAUCGCCGUUCCUCAACCCAGGAGGUAUGUGCUCCUGGUGGAGUACGCCAAUGCAGACCCCCUGCAGACAAUUGAUGUAUCUGUGAGCUCGCCCCAGCACAGUGUUCAGUCAGCCACGCUUGCUGUGUACACCUGCGAAUACAGUUUCCUUUGCCGAGGGGUGGUUUUAGAUUCGCUGAAUCGCUUGGCAGCUUUCGACUUGGCCACGCAGGCUACGGUUCGGCUCACUGCAGAUCGAGCUCAUUUCUUCCUGUAUAAAGUGUACCUGGUACCCUAUGACCAGUUCACCAUGGAGUUUGUGGAGCCCCAGGUCCACUGCAUCAGCGUCCACGGAAUAUUUGCACCUAAUAGCAGCUCCUGUGUCCCGUCGAGGUAUCAGAAGAUCUCGCAGUCAGUAAUCUUGGAGGAAGCGCAGUUGCUGCCAGUCACCCCAGGCUUCCCCCUCAUUCAUGCCUUUAGCAUUCCUCCGGUCAGCAUCCCUCCGACACCACCGCUGCGGCCUCCCACCUUGCUAGACUCUUCCGCAGAACUCGUCCUGCUCCAGGCUCCGCAGACAACCAUUGUGUUAAAUGGCCGCAUCCAGAGCCCAGGACGCUACGCCUUCAUUCUGCACUGUUACCAGCCCAGUCACCCAACGUUCCCUGUAGAAGUGUUGAUCAACGGUGGCAGGAUUUGGCAGGGUCAAGCUAAUGCCACCUUCUGUCCACAUGGAUAUGGUUGCCGGAGCCUGGUAGUAUCUGAGAACCACAUUGUCCUGGAUGUUACGGAUCAUGACCUGAGCGUGAUCAUCCGUGUGCCCCAAGACCGACAUCUUUGGCUGGAUUAUAUCCUUGUGGUUCCUGAAAGCAGUUAUGGCUCCAACUAUCUUGUAGAGGAACCCCUGGACAAAUCCUACGAUUUCAUCAGCAACUGUGGAGUCAACAGCUUCUAUAUCAACCCCGUGACGUCAUCCAAAUUCUGCCAGGACUCUGCCAUCUCCAUCUCUCUUUUUUACAACAAUGGGGCCCGACCGUGCCACUGCCACGAAGUGGGUGCCGUCCGAGCCAGCGAGCCGCACAGCCAGUGUGCUUGCAAAGCGAACGUCAUUGGGCGGGAGUGUUCCCGCUGUGCCACGGGCUACUGGGGCUUCCCCAACUGCAGGCCCUGCGACUGUGGGAUUCGUCUUUGUGAUGAGCUGACGGGACAGUGCAUCUGCCCACCACGCACCAUCAAACCCGAGUGCGUCAUCUGUGAGCCCCAGACCUUUGGCUGCCACCCGCUGGUAGGCUGCGAGGACUGCAAUUGUUCUAACGCUGGGAUCCAAGACCUGACCGAGCUGGGGUGUAACAUAGACAGCGGCCAGUGCAGGUGUAAGUCCAACAUUGUGGGACGGCAGUGUGAUCUCUGUGCCCCGGGCUAUUACGGCUAUCCAAACUGCAGGCGCUGCGACUGUCACCAGGCAGGGACCCAAGCAGAUGUGUGCGAUUCUGUCACUGGCCAGUGUCACUGCAAGGAAAACGUGGAAGGUCCAAGGUGCGACCAGUGCCACGUGGGGACCUUCUCGCUGGACGCAAAUAACCCGAAAGGCUGCACCAGAUGCUUCUGCUUUGGGGCAACGGACCGAUGUCACAGCACGGAGAAGUACCGCGUGCAGUUUAUUGACAUGAGUGGAUGGAGCUUGCUAAGCGGAGACCGCCAGGAAGUGCCCACCUCUGUCAGCCUGGAAGAGGAAGUGGUUCACGCCGACCUCAGGAAUUUCCCGGACGCCUUUCAGGAGCUUUAUUGGCAUGCUCCCAGCUCCUACCUUGGUGACAAGGUUUCCUCCUACGGUGGAUACUUGCGCUACGAGCUUCGUUCAGACACUCAGAGGGGUGAUGUGUUCAUACCCAUGGAAUCCCGGCCUGAUGUUAUCCUCAAGGGGAACCAAAUGAACAUUAUGUUCCUUGAAGGCACCAACCCCAUCCCCGGAGAAGUCUAUGAAGGAAAGCUUCAGUUGGUUGAGGGUCACUUCCGACAUACUGAGACGCACAACCCCGUCUCCAGGGAAGAGCUGAUGAUGGUUCUGGCAAACCUGGAACAGCUGCAGAUCCGGGCACUGUUCUCCCAAAUCUCCUCCUCGGUGUCCCUUCAUCGGCCAACGCUGGAGACGGUGUCGGAGACGGCUGGAGGCAUCCAAGCCAGCAACGUGGAGUUCUGCAUGUGCCCAGCCAAUUACAGAGGAGAUUCCUGCCAGGAAUGUGCUCCUGGCUAUUACAGGGACACCAAGGGGCUGUUCCUGGGGAAAUGCAUCCCGUGUAAUUGCAAAGGCAAUUCGGAUCAGUGCCUCUCGGGGACUGGAAUUUGCACCAACUGCCAUUACAACACAGAGGGCGAUCACUGCGAGAGGUGCAAGGAUGGUUUUGUGGGGAACUCGUCACUCGAUGGAUCUCUGCAGUGUAUCGACUGCCCGUGUCCCCUUUCGGUAGCUUCUAACAACUUUGCCAUUGGGUGCGUCAACAAAGGCUCUACCAUUCAGUGUCUCUGCAAGCCAGGAUAUGCUGGAGUUUCCUGUGAACGGUGUGCGCCAGGCUACUUCGGAAAUCCUUUAGUGAUUGGCAGUACCUGCCAGCCUUGCAAUUGUAAUGGGAACACCGACCCCAACAUGCUCUUCAGUGACUGUAACUCGUUGGACGGGUCCUGCAUGGGCUGCAUGCACCAUACGGCAGGGCGCCAGUGCGAACUCUGUGCUCCCGGUUAUUAUGGCGAUGCUGUGUUGGCGAAGAACUGCACCGAAUGCCGCUGUAUGUCAUGCGGGACUGAAUCAUGUGAUCCUAGGACUGGUCAGUGUCUCUGUAAGCCCGGAGUGACAGGCCAGCACUGUGACCGCUGCCAGGAAGGGUACUAUGGCUAUGACUCGUGUGCCGGCUGCCAGAGGUGCGACUGUGAUGUCGGAGCAGUGGGCUCAGACUGCCACCUUCAGAGCGGCCAGUGCCGCUGCAAACCAGGCGCGACCGGCUCCCGUUGCCAGCAGUGCAUCCCGGGCUACUGGGGGCUUAGCACCAAUGGCUGCACGAAAUGUCAUUGCAAAGGAAGCGCCUGCAACCCUCGGACUGGGGAGUGCGCCUGCUCCAAUGGUUUGACAGGGAAGCAGUGUGAAACAUGUACGAAGCAGCAUGAGAUCCCCGUGGUAGACGGACCGGACACCAUGAGAUGCGAAGCUUGCGACAGCUGUGUUCUGCUGCUGGUGGAAGACCUUCAGAAGUUAGAAGACUCUUUCCCUGCUCUCAAGCACCAGUUGACCACCCUCAAUGGCACCUCCAUCGCAUGGGCCCGUCUGCACAGCAUCAACGGUUCUAUGCAGACCGUCACGAACAACCUGUGGGAGUAUCAGAGGUCCAUCAACAGGGCCAGGCAGCAGGCGGACGAACUGGAAGAAGAGAACAUGGACUUCAUCCAAGAUUUGAAUGCCCUUCAACACAAGGCAACCAUGACCCAUAGAAAAGCAAACCAAGUGACCGAGAGUACAGAAGAGAGUUACCAACAGGCGGAGAACCUCGUCGUGGAUAUCCAGAAUAUUCAGAACAAAAUCAAUGAUAUUAUAUACCAGUUGGAGAUUGUUGCUGCCACAAAUGUCAGCGCUGCCUCCAAAGAGGAGUUUCGGCAGAAGCUAGCAGAGGUGGAUGCGAUGCUGAGACACAUGAAAGGCCGGGACUUCAGCAUCCAGAGAGCAGUGGCCACCGAAGAGCAUGAAGAAUCUCAGAAAUUGCUGCAUCGCGUGAAAACCGAGCUGUUCAGCAAGCUGGAGUCCAACCAAGAACUGGUGAGCAACAUCAGCGACCGGCUGGAUUCGUUCAGCUCAAAGCUCAUGGACCUGCGAGAUGCCCUGAAUGAGGCCGUCAACAAGACCCGUCAGACAGAGGACCUCAACAGCCUCAACCGGAAUUACCUGGAGGAUCAUCAGCAAAAGAGCCGGGAGCUGCAGGAACAGCGUGGCGUGAUUCAGGACAUCUUACACACGGCGGAGGACUCCCUGGCCCAGGUCUCUGACCUCCUGCAGAUAAUCGACAGUAUCACAGAGGAGUCUGAGAAAGCAGCAGCCAAGCUGGAUGGGGCCAAAUACCCUCUGUCGCAGAAGGCCAAGGAAUAUUCUCUCACUAGCACUAAAAUCCCCAUUGUCGAGGAUGCUGAGGAGCACGCCAGGCUCCUGGAUGAAUUGGCACGAAACCUGUCCAGCAUCAUCCACGGCACAAACCAGAACGGGUUUAUUCAGCGAGCGAUCAACGCCUCCAAUGCCUAUGCCAGCAUCAUUGAAGCGGUCAAGGAUGCCGAGGACGCAGCCAAUAAAGCCAAUCUUGCUGCUGGGGAAGCUUUGACGAACGUCAUCCUCGAUGACCUUGGGACGGAAUCAAAAGAGAUGAAGAAAAACAGCAAUGCUUUGGAAGAAGGUGUGAAGAAAGAACAGAAGAAACUCAACGAAGAGAUCAAGCGGGCCUUGCAGGAUGCCAAAAACAGAUUGGCUGGUGUCCGCACCAAAAAGGAGCAACUUUUGAAUCAGCUGCAGUCUGGCAGGAGCAAACUGGAUGCUGUCCAAGACGGCACCACGCAGGCAAUCCAGAACGCCAAGGAAGUCGCUGUCAAGGCCAACGAGACGGCAACUGAAAUGGAAGGGAGGCUGAGCGGCAUGAAGAAGGACCUGGACAGGUGGAAAGAGCAGUAUGGAGACCUGAAGAACGAAGACUUAAACCAGGCAGUUCAAGAUGCCAAGAACUCUGUGUCAACCCUGCAAAGUGCCAUCCCUCUGCUCCUGGGCAAGCUGAGCAACCUGGAGAACAGGAAGAGCCACAACGCAACCGUCUCGGACAAUAUCGUACGGGUGCGCAAGCUGAUCUCCUUGGCCCGGAAUGCUGUCAGCAAGAUCAAAGUCCCAGUGAAAUUCAACGGCACUUCAGGCGUGCAGGUCCGGACUCCCAGCAACCUCCAGGAUCUGUCUGCCUACACGUCCCUCAAAUUCUACAUACAGAACCCGGAAGCCCAGCUGAGACGGAGGCGUCAAAAUGGAGACGGCCAGGGGCGCUUCGUGUUUUACCUAGGGCACAAGGAUGCCACCGGUGACUAUAUGGGCAUCAUUCUGAAAGAUGACAAGGUACAGUGCAUCUACAAGCUGGGAGAAGAGGAGCCGACGCUUUUAACCGUCGACGAAGAAAUCGGGGAGCAGUUUGCAGCAGUCAGCGUCAACAGGAUUUUGCAGUACGGACACAUGUCGGUGACAAUGGAGAAGCAAACCUUGCACGAAACCAAAGGGGACAGCGUGGCCAAAGGAGAGCUUGGGCUGUUCAACUUCAGACCCCACAAUGUGGUCUUGUAUGUGGGUGGCUACCCCUCCAGCUUUACGCCUCCUCCACCCCUGCGCUAUCCUAACUACCGGGGCUGUAUAGAGAUGGAUUCCCUCAAUGAAGAAGUCAUGAGCCUGUACAACUUCCAGCGCACCUUCUACUUGGACACUACAGCCGAGAGGCCCUGCACAAGGUCAAAAUCAGCAGGGGAUCCGUGGGUGACUGACGGUUCCUAUUUUGAUGGCACGGGCUACGCAGAAAUCGUGUUUGAGAGUCAGAUUAGCUCCGUGAAGCGUUUUGAGCAAGAAAUUCGACUGGUGUCCUACAAUGGGAUCCUUUUCUACCUGAAAUACCAGGGCCAGAUGCUGUGCUUAGCUGUCCAGGAAGGAAAGCUGGUGCUGUACUAUGACUUCACUGGAGAGCUUCUGAUGGCUCCCCCCUUCAAGGAUCCUGACACUCUCACUGUCAGCAGCAACACCAAUAAAGCGAUCCAUAUUAUCCUCUACAAACGUGCCAACAAGGAUCUGAUCCUGGUGCGCCUGGAACAAUCCACCGUCUUCACGCUGGAGCACGAAAACACGUUACAAAAUGCCACUUCCUAUUACUUGGGAGGCGCACCUGUGUCCAUUUUGCCCAAGAGCUUAAAGAAACAGUUCCCCAAAGGCGGAUCCAUCCGGGGCUGUAUGAAAGGCUUGAAGGCGCACGGCAAAUACGUGGAUUUAAAGCGUAUGAACACCACGGGAGUUAGUUACGGGUGUACCUCGGACCUCCUGGUGGCUCGAUCGGUGAAACUCCACGGCCAUGGCUUCUUGACUCUGUCGCUGCCCAACGUGCCUUCUUUACAAGACUUCUACACGGGCUUCAGCUUCCGCACCAGCCAGAGCCACGGCUUGAUGUACCACCAUGCCACAGGGGAAGGCACCUGCCAAGUGUCCUUGAAGAACGGCCGAGUGGCCGUGAACGUCUUGGCCACAGAACUGACCACCAAGAAUGCCUACGCAGACGAUAUGAGCCACUACAUUGCCAUCUAUAGUGACUCAGCAGGGGUCCGAGUUUACAUUGACGACCAGCUUCAGGGGACCAAGCAAGGGGCGGAUCGCCAGAGGAGGCAGAAGCCGCUGGAGGAGAGGGCUCUGUUCCAUCGCCGGGAAUAUCUUUGUCAGGCGGAAAGCAGACCCCCAGGUGGUUGUGGACCUUCAGCAAAGCGUGGGGAGCGUCAACGUGACCAUGAACUGUCCCCAGGAUCCACAGCCGCGGCAGAUGAGGGCGUCAGAAAAGAAGGGCAAGUGGAAGCCCAAGGGGGUGAGCACACAGCUGUACUGGAAAGAUCAGAGCUGCUUCAAGUCCUGAAACACCCCUUGAAAAAAGCUUACUCAACAAAAAAGACUCCUUCCAGUCUCGGGCGGGUCCUCAGGUCAGCCUGCUUAGGAAUUUUGAUGGACAUUCCAGCAACAUUCCAAGAGAGGUUCCACUUCUCCACGGAGGUCCGGCUGAACUCCUCCAGUGGCCUUCUCUUCUACAUGGCCAGCGAGACCCAAGACUUUUUCUCCCUUUUCGUGGCUGGGGGCCGCUUGGUGCUCUUGGCUGACAUCAGUGGGAAUAAAGUGAGGCUCCGAAGCAAAGAAAAGUUACGCGUUGGAAGGUGGCACACGAUCUUCUUCAGCAGAGACAGAAGCCGAGUCCAGCUCAUCGUUGAUGGGCUGAGAGCCCAGGAGAAGUCGCUGCCCACAGCUGGAGACUUCUGGAUCUCUGGCCCUUUCUACAUGGGUGGGGCACCUGCGGAGAAAGCCAGAGCUCAUAUACCGGUUGCUUCCGCCACCAGUUUUAAUGGCUGCCUCAGACACUUGAAGUUGGACAGGAAACCCUUGGAUUCCCCAUCCCGUGUGUUUGGUGUGACUCCUUGUUACAUGAGGACUUUGGAAAGCGGCAUCUUUUUCUCUGCGGAGGGAGGCUAUGUAACCCUAGGCGAGCACGUGGCAAUUGGGCAGAACUUGGAGCUGAUGCUGGAAAUUCGCCCGCAAAGCACCUCCGGUCUGAUAUUUCACAUUGGCACAAGACCAACCAACUACCUCAGGCUGUACACAGACAGUCAACAGGUCACUGUGGUGGCAAACACUGGUGCUGGGGAAUUCUCCGCUUCCGUGGCCCGUCCUUCGCUGUGUGACGGCCAAUGGCACACGAUUGCAGUUAUCAAAAGCAGCAACGUGAUCCAGGUAGACGUGGAUACAGAGGGAAAUUACACAGUGGGGCCCAACCAAGUCCUCCCUACGACCGUCAAAGAGAAUUUCUACCUCGGUGGAAUGCCAGAAGCCGUCGCCAGCGAUGGUCUCCCUCCGGCUGCGCUUCGUGUCCCCCCUUACGUCGGCUGCAUGAAGAACCUGGUGAUAAACCGGAACCAAAUCGACUUGCCGCAGGCUGGGAUCACCAGGGGCUGGGUAGGGCUGAGAGGCUGCCCCACGAUGUAAGAAAAAAACAAUAAAUUUGCACACCAGCGUUGGCCGAACGAUAAAAUGCUGCAGCGCCCCUCCUGGAGGCCCCUGGAUUUCCUCUCUACCACCUGCACGUGCAGGUGGCCCCGUGACUGUGUUUUGCAGAGAGGCCGAGGCGCCCUGACUUGGAAUGGUUACACGUUUUCCUCAUGUGUCAGCAAUGCAAGAUUCUAAGGAGCGCGCAGACUUGCAUGGCUUCGACUAGAACAGCGCAGCUGUGAAAUUUUUAAAACAACAUCCGUCGUUCUUUGUGCCUGUUGACAACUGCUCGUCCAUUCCCACCUCGGGUAUCAGUUACUGCUGGCAUCAGUCGCCCAAUGCUAAGGGGUCAGGGCCCAGUCUGGGUAGCUUUAAGAACAGUGCAGUGGGUAGAAGACACCAAUUGGAUUGGGUGUCUUUAAAGUUUGUGGCCAAGUUUGGAACGCUUCAUACAUUCCCUAGUAAAAGUCUCACUCUGUCUGUUAGGUCUUCAGGGACAGAGCGCACACAGGUGCCUUUUCCGGGCAAAGAAGGGGAGGAGCCAGCAUGGGCUGUUGUCCCGUUAACUAUCCGGCUCUGGUUUCAUCCCCCUCCCCCCCCCCCCAAUCUUCUCACAGUCACUAACUUCACAGCCCUUUCAGUAUAAAUAUAUGGUUCACUUGUGCACUUAGACAUGUCCUUAAAUAUAUUUGUAUGUGUAUAUAUCUCCUCACAUGGGACAAGAUAUUGGUUCUGAAGGGAACUGUAUAACUUAUCAAUAUAUUGGGUUUUUUAAAAAAACAGUUCUGGGGUAAAUAUUGUAAAAUGGGUUUUUAACAAGUCCGGUUUCCUUUCAACCGUGUAAUUAUUUUUGUUUUAAAGCUGAAUUAAGGGAUGAAUCUGUAAAUCACUGGUACAUACUUUUGAUUCAAAUAAAAAUUUAUGAUCUAUACUUUGUA